AUUUCUUCCAAAACAGUCAACUUUAUAGGCAUCUUAAAAUGGUCAGAGAGACGAGCGACUUCCGAACCGUCUGAGUUAAAUAGCCUCAUUUGCUCGACGUCAAGGAACCCAGCCACGAUCCUGACGCUCACCUCUCCCAUCAUCAUCAUCAUCAUCUAUCUACCUCGAUUGCCCGUAGCCAACCACCGCUAUCAAAAUGUCAUUUGUCGCUUCCCCAGAACAAGUUCGCACCUUUGAGGAGUUCUCUUCCAAGCCCUCCUUCUCCCAAGAAGCCAUCGUUAUCGACUUCACUACCACCCCUGAAUAUGUCCGCAGCGUCCUGCCGCCCGGUCUGCAGCCGGGCGACACCCCCACCGGCCAUAUCCUCAUGGCCACUAUGGAGAGCAAGCUGUGCGGAGAGUUUGACUGUGCCAUUGUGAGCCUCGACGUCAAGUUCCGUGGCAAGGCCGGCACCUUUAUGCUCGAGAUUAUUAUUAGUAAUGAUCUUCCCGUCACCUGGGGUCGUGAGGUCUGGGGCGAGGCCAAGAAAACUGGCACAUGUCGACUCUGGCGAUCUGGAGAUUGGCGUUAUGCCUAUGCUGAGCGCAAUGGCGUUCGUCUUAUCGAGGUGCAAGCCAAGUUCGACGAGGAUCUUGCGCCCGGGGUUCGCGACUCGGUUAACUUUGAGAUCAAAGCUUACCCUCACGCCCAAGGCAAGGGCCUCCAAUGGGAGCCUCUCAUCAGCACCCUCGAAGUUCGUGAACACGAUGUCCACCACUCCGUUGGCCAUGGCCGUCUUACUAUUCGAGGUACCACUGCCGACCCUCUUCACAGCAUCCCAAUCGAGUCUGUCGGCGAUUUCAAGUACACCACUGGUCGGGCGGAUUAUACUGUCGUGUCUGUGGACGAACUUGGCGUUGGCCAGGCCUAUCUGCCCCAUCUGAUCGGUCGUCACUACGAAGAUGUUCGAGUUCAUAAGGUUGGCGCUGAAUGGACUGAGCUCAAGGAUGAGGAGGUGGAGGAAGAGUCAUACCCUGGAAAGGAAACACAGAUCCCAGUCCAGGCCUUUCGAAAAAUACAACCGUACUACUUAUGA